CAGAAAAGAAAGCAAAAACGCCAUUUGAUUUUCAUUUCACUUUUUUUUUUCUCUCUCUCUCUCUCUCGAAUCUCCCCGCCGUGUCGGGGAAUUUGUGAUUGGUUUUCCCGGCCGCCGCUGUAGCUGUGGAGAGAGGUGGUCCACUUGAAGUUGUGUUUCUACGCGCUUCGUUAGUGAGAGAAUUUGAUGGUUUGUGACGUAAUUUUGUGUCGGAUGAAACAGAGUUUUUUUGUGGAUUUGAUUGCAUUGGUGCUUUUUUGGCAUUUUGUUUUGGUUGGUGCCGACUGAAAAUUUGGCAUAAUUGAAGAACUGAAGAAGAAGAAGAAUUAGAACUUGUUUCCGAAAGUUUCGUAUUGUUUUAAGGUCUGUUACUGUUAGUCUAGUUGAAGGCGAGCUGGAGGAAGGAGGACGAAAAAUGGAGGCGGAUUUUCAGCAGCAGCAGCGUAUUCUCCAUGAACAUCAUCAGCAGCAAUCCCAGAUGAGUUCUGGAUUGACACGAUACCGUUCUGCGCCGAGUUCGUAUUUCAGAAGACUGACGGAUAGAGAAUUCUGUGAUCAGUUUUUCAAUCGACCUUCGAGCCCCGAAACUGAACAGAUUUUCGCGCAGUUUAUGACAAGCGGCAGCGCUGGUGACGGAGGCGGCGGUCCAGUAUGUUCAUCUCAGAACCUUGACGAGUCUCAGAAGAACGCUCAGACUGGAGAAGUGUUUAUAACUACUGAAGCAAAUCAACAAACACCUUAUGUGAAUAACGAAACAAGAGCUAUCCACCAGCAGCCGAGCAUUGUCAACAGCAAUUUCCUCCCGGCUUCAUCAACUCCAUCAAGUUACCAUCAGAAUUUGAUGAAACCUCCACUUCCAAAUCAGAAUUUGAUUCCAGAAGCGGAGGGAUCUGGUUCGAUGGGAGUUGAUCUGAAGCCUCAGAUAAGAACAGAUGGUGGAAGAUCUUCGAAUCUCAUUCGGCAAAGUAGCUCUCCUGCUGGACUAUUCGACUACAUAAAUAUCAAUGCUAGCGGAUAUGCUGCAUUGACGGGCAUGGGAAAUUCUGGAACUGGUAGUAGCUUUAAUGAAGAAACAUCUUUUUCUUCUCCAAGCAGGUUGAAAAAUUUCUCACCAAGGGCCUUACCACCGCACUCUUCAGGGUUGAUGAGUCCCAUGGCUGGAAUUGAGAAAAAAAAUAUCAGAGAAACCAAUCAAGAUACUAAAGGCUUUGCCGGAAGCCAAACCAGCGAUUAUGGUAGUACUAGCUUCCCAGUUGGUUCUUGGGAUGAAUCUGCUGUCAUGUCUGAUAACAUUGUUAGUCGAAAAGCACUUGAAAAUGACGACGACAAGGAGAAGUACUCAAAUUUGAACAUUUCAGACACUAAGAAAGUGGAUCCCAGAAAUCGCCCUCCCAUGCUUGCUCGUCAUCUUACUUUGCCAAGUACUGCAGCAGAAAUGAAUGCUGUUGAAAAGAUCUUGCAGUUUUCAGAUUCUGUUCCUUGUAAACUUCGAGCCAAGCGUGGCUGUGCUACUCAUCCCAGAAGCAUUGCGGAGAGAGUCAGACGAACUAAAAUCAGUGAACGAAUGAGGAAGCUUCAAGAGCUGGUGCCCAACAUGGACAAGCAAACCAACACAUCAGACAUGUUAGAUUUGGCAGUUGAGUACAUAAAAGGCCUUCAGAAACAGGUCCAGACACUUACAGAUAAUCGUGCAAAAUGUAAGUGCUCACAUAGGCAGCAUCAAUAGCCAAAAAAAAGUCUUUGGCGUGGAAAUUCUUAUGUACAGAGCCUUGCAAUUUGUAAAUUUAGGGUAUAACAGGAAACUCUCUGAGCAACUUAUUUGUGUAUUAAUUAAGAAGAAAUAGUGAGUCAACAUGAUUUGCUGUGAAGAAAGUUUGCAGAACAAAAAAAUGAAGACAAAGGACUGCUGAAAGCUGGCUGUGCAUGUGAGUUUAAAGACCUGCUGGUAGUGCCCACCACUGUGUAAAUUAAAUAACCAUGCAUGAUUAGUAGAUCUUCCACUGCAUCUAAUCUUUCACUUGACUGCAUAUCUGGGUAGAGGAAUUAAGAAGGGAAAUUGGCAUCAAUGGCUGACCCAAAAAAUGGCUUAGAAAGAAAUGUGGAAUAAGCUGCUUGAUUUGUAAUCUAAUUAUGCUCUCGAUAUUA